GACCAUGAAAUAUGUUCUACUUACAUGCCUCAGCCUUUAAUAGUUCUUUGCAUUAGCGUCAGGGAUUACAUUCUUCCUGGAGCCAAGCACGGGGCCAGCUGUGAACUAGCCAGACCUCUCCUCGGGGAGGCCGACGGGGUUCAGAAGGUUUGCUGUGGCCAGUAUCAGAAGCCUUCCCGGCCCCAUCACCCGCCCUUAACUUCCUCCUCGGCCCACUGGCGACCACUUAGACACCUGCGCGGAGGCGACAGCUGCGUUCAGAAAGCCAUGCAUCGUGCCAGAAGGAGCCGACGGCCGACUUUAAACCCUGCUCGGCAUGUGGACGAGACGCAGAAAUGAGCUGUCCGGACCAGCCGGGGCAGCUCCUAAACUGGUUCCUCUCCUCCCUGUGCGUCCCGAGGGCGCGGAAACUCUGGAGCAGCCGGCGCCCCAGGACCAGGAGGAACCUGCUGCUGGGUACGGCCUGCGCCAUCUACCUGGGCUUCCUGGUGAGCCAGGCGGGGCGCGCCUCUGCCCCGCACGGAGGGCGCGCGCGCCAGGGGCCGCACUGGAGCCGGGCCACCGCCGAGGCCCCCUUCCCUGAGAUACCCCUGGACGGCACGCUGGCCCCUCCCGAGGCCCAGGGCAAUGGGACCACGCUGCAGCCCAACAACGUGGUGUACAUCACCUUGCGCUCCAAGCGCAGCAAGCCCGCCAGCAUCCGUGGCACCGUGAAACCCAAGCGCAGGAAGAAGUAUGCGCUGGCUUCUCAGGCCCCGGGACCCGGGGCUCUGGUGGGACCGUCCCUUCGGCCUCAGGAAGCUGCAAGGGCAGCUGAGGCUGAAGUGGCCGGGCACGUCCGGGGAGGAAACCUGGCCCAGGCUGGGGAGCGACCCUGGGGGUGGAGGCAGGGUCUGGGAGCGCGAGGUGGGGACGCAGAUGUGCAGGGGCCCCGGGCCGGGGGAAGCAACAUCAGGAUCUACAGCGAGAGCGCCCCGUCGUGGCUGAGCGGAGACGACAUCGGCCGGAUGCGCCUGCUGGCCGACGGCGCGGUGGCGGGUCUCCAGCCGGCCUGGCCCGGCGGCAGGGCGCGCCUGCUGCUGCUGGAGGGGACCGGCCGGCCCGCGGCGCCCGCCUGCGGCCCCAGCCCCUGCGGGCUGCUCAAGCAGCCUCUGGACAUGAGCGAGGUGUUUGCCUUCCACCUGGACAGGAUCCUGGGGCUCAACCGGACCCUGCCUUGUGUGAGCAGGAAAUCCGAGUUCAUCCAAGGAUGCCGCUUUACGGCCGUAGAGCUGUCAGACUGGAUUAGGUCGCCUCGUUCCAGGAACGCUGUGUGUCAGGGCUGCUUGGGUGACAGACUGCAGGCACCUCACCCACUUCCGUUUAAAUUCAGUGUAGAUGCCACUGUGCUCGCUGUUCUCCGACGUGUACUGCCUCGUCUCAUCACAGAGCAGGAGGAACACAAUGGCCGCCCAUGUCCUUUCAUUCUCUGGGACUCAUCUUUAUCUCCAACGAGUAAUGAGACCCACUCUUCUCUUAAGCUCACCUGGGGAACUUAUCAGCAGUUGCUGAAACAGAAGUGCUGGCAGAAUGGCCGCGUACCCAAACCUGAAUGGGGCUGUACUGAAAUACAUCACCACGAGUGGUCCAAGAUGGCUCUCUUUGAUUUUUUGUUACAGGUAGGGAAACUAAGGCAUAAAGAAGUUCCUGUCAAGAACUGUGAAGAGUCUGAGGUCUUACCCUGCUUGCGAGUUAACAAGUUAGCCAGCCAUAGAUGCUAGCAGAAGACAAAAGCCUCCCGGGUCAGCGACAAAUGACUUCAUCACUCACGUUCCUCUGCCCUCAAGUCCCACUGGGGCGACGUGGAGUCGCCCCACUGAACGCUACACCCAGUGGGGUCUUGUACCUUCUGAGGAAACCUCCAGUCUUAUAAGAGGCUGCUGACACAACUGCCCAACAUUUGCCCCAGAAGGAGACGUUAUCUUUAUUAUCUUGGUCAGGAAACAAAUCUGUCUUCCACCCCAGAGGGAGACACUCUUUGUAUCUUCCAAGGCUGUUUGCUAUACUGACAUCCUUGAAGAGAUAGUACAGAAGAAAACUUGACAAAAGAUGUGCAGAAAUGCCAUGGAGAACUGUUUCUCAAGAGUUACCUCUCUUGUUUGGUGUUACUUAGCUAGUAAGUUCCCAAAUAGAGAUUUUAGCAAGUUUGGCUAACUGUAUUUUUCAUAUUUUUAACUAUUAUUACAUAACAACUACCAGGUUAUUCUUAGUUUAAUGGAAGAUGUUGGUGUGAUAACAUAUAGUAGCGAUACAGUGGAGAAUGGAAGAAGAUUGCUAGGGUGAGGUAGGUAAGGGUGUUCACUAUGGGGAGUGGUCAGCAUAGAUGUUGAAGGUCCUGAAGAUGAUGACUGUGGUAGGGGGUGGGGGAUGGAGAGGAGAUUCAUGAACCUGGUGGUGAAGUCUACGAGAAGGGAAAGACCUUGAGGUUUGCAGCUGAUGAACAGAAGAGCUAACCUAUAAUGAUUAGAUGGCAACCCCUGUUAGAAGUUGUCUCUGGUGACAUUUGUUUUAAUUUUGGAACCUUCAACUAAAUCUCAACCUACCAUCUGUCUUUAUCAUUCUCCUUUCUGUUAAGGGAAGCUCCAACUAUCAUUCAACCAAUGAAGAUAUAUUUGUGCAACAUCUGCUGUGCAUUAAACCAUAGAAAACCACCGCAGGGGCAGCGAAGUAGUAUGAGAUGGUUAUUCCCACUGCUGCACACCAAGUUUGGUUUUAAAAACAUUACUUAGUUAGGAAACUAUACUGUAUAAAACAAAAAGAUAGAUCCAUGUAAGGAUGGCUGGCUGAAAAUAAUGUAAGUUCUUACUGUUAUGCAGUCAAAAGAAGCAGAACCUUUUGCCAUAAAAUAGUGAAGGAGAAAGUUCGAGUGGGAUCGUAGGCUGGGAAUGAUAAAGAGGUUGGGGAAACCAUGAGAAAGAACAUGGGAUUGGCAAUGUUCCUAUGAUACUUAGUGCAUCCUAAAUACAGGCAUACCUCAGAGAGGUUUUGGGUUUGGUGUCAGACUACUACAACAAAGCCAAUAUCACAAUAAAGUGAAUCACACAAAUUUGUAGGUCUCCCAGUGCAUAUAAAAGUUAUGUUUACAGUAUAUUAUGGUAUAUUAUAAUCUCUUAAGGGUGCAAUAGAGGGAGGAGUCUUUCUCAUCCCCCAUAAUUCAUGAGGAUGAGACCUUUGCAAGACUUUAACCUGGAACCGUCCAAGGUAAGACACCAAGAUUGGAGUUCCCAGUUUUGGCUCUGGUUAAAGCACUGAAUCUAAAAGUCAGAAGUUAGUCUGUUAAGAGUUCAUUUGGUCACUAUUUACAAAAGUAGAUCAAACUAUAUAUACAAGGUUGGCAUCUGUGAGAAUGGAUUUACAUUUUUGACUCAUCCAGCAUUUAUUUGUCCCAAAGUCACAGACAAAGGCUAAUUUUCUCUAGUUGUUGCAGUGUUUCACAAUUCUACCAGUAAUGUGUGAGAGUGUCUGCUUCCCACUCUCUUACCAACUUCGGGAAGUUGAAAACUAAUAAAUGUUUUUGCUGAUUUUAUGGAGGAUAAUGGGGUCUUGUAUAUAUUUCCAGGUCCUUCAUUACAAGUGAGGUUGAGGAUAACAUAUUUUCAUACAUUGAUUAUUUGUGUUUUUUUCCUGUGAAUUGCUUGUUCAAAUCAUUGAUGUUUUUAUUGCAUUCCGUAACUUUUUUCGUAUUGAUUUAUAAAAACAUUUUUAUGUGAUGAAAGUUAGCCAUUAUCCAACCCUAAGUGUCUCAAACAAUUUUUCUUUGUUGUUUUUCUUUUGACUUUUAAAAAAAUUUAUUUAUUUUUGGCCGCGUUGGGUCUUCAUUGCUGCACACGGGCUUUCUCUCUAGUUGCGGCGAGCAGGGGCUACUCUACGUGGCAGUGCGUGGGAUUCUUAUUGCAGUGGCUUCUCUUGUUGCGGAGCAUGGGCUCUAGGUGCACGGGCUUCAGUAGUUGUGGCAUGCGGGCUCAGUAGUUGUGGCUCGUGGGCUCUAGAGCACAGGCUCAGUAGUUGUGGCUCACGGGCUUAGUUGCUCCGCGGCAUGUGGAAUCUUCCCGGACCAGCACUCGACCCCGUGUACCCUGCAUUGGCAGGUGGAUUCUUAACUACUGUGCCACCAGGGAAGUCCUCUUUUGACUUUUCUAACAGAUUUUACUCCAGAGAAAUUUUACAAUUUUUGUAAGAUCUUAUUUUAUUUAUUUUUUGCUUCUUAUAUUUAGCAUCAUACAAUGUUUAUAGAGAGAUGUUUAUUGAAAAUGUUUACUGAGCAAAUAAAUGAAUAAAUGAACAAGCUUAGGCCAUUUUUCAUGAGUACCAUAAUAAAUAGUUAUUUUUUAUAUAAUAAUGCUUCUCAUCAAUUACACUGAAAUUUUUAUUUUAAAAUCAAAUAUAUGCCUUAUUUAAAUGGUGUUUGGGAAUAUGUUGGAUUAUAUUGGGUGGAUUUUGUGAGCAGUCUUAGAAAAGUUAUGCCUGAAGCAAACUGAAAUCACUUGCUCUGAUGCUACAGCAAGGGCAAGGGAAUACAGAACGCAGUUCUUAAUUUUCUGUACACAACAUUCUUUCUGUUUCACCCAGUUAACAAAUCUACAUUCCCAAAGGCUAUGGCAUUUUACUGGGUCUGUUAAAUAUGAUAGAGACACAAGUAACCUUUUAUUCUUGAAGCGUGGGUAUCUGAACUGAGUGGAUAAAAAUUCUCCCCCCAUUAGGAUGACAAAGGGUAGUAUUCUAGAGAGCAUUUGAGUUUCCAAGAUUUGGUCAAAUUCCUUUCAAAAGAUUAAAUAAAAUAACAGAAGAAGAUUUAGGAGGUAUAAAACUUGCUUUUUCGACCUCAGAUAUAGUCUGUAUAACAGUUAGAAACUGAGAUUCUGGAACCAGCCUGCUAAGUUUGAAUUCCAACUGCCAAUAACUAAUUUUUGAACACUGAGAAGUUACUUAACCUCUCCUUGUCUUGGUUUCCUCAUCUGAAAAUAGGAAUAAUAAUAUUGUUUUUAUAGAGGGCUAUUGAGAUGAUUCAGUACUUUUAUACACAUAAAGGAUUUAGGAUAACGCCUGUUACACAGGAGGUGUUCAGUGAGCAUUUCAUAUUAAUUAAGAAAUUGAUCAUCCAGAAAUAAUAGUAGAGGUAAAUAUCAAUAUAAGAAUUAAGUAAAAUACUUUAUCAUUAUUUUUACUUAUUAAAUUGUAAGUUAUUCCCAAACCAUUUCAAUUUUUCUACUCUCGUGUAAUAUUUUCAUACUUACAAUUAGAUUUUAGCCUAUUAAGUUUUAAUUAUUUUUGACUACUCUGUCUUCUUUAAUAAGCUGUGAAUUUCUCAGGGGCAGGUCCCUGCCUUAUUCAACUUUGUAACCUUUCAGUUACCAGCAGUGCGUCUGAAAAUGUCACAGUUACUCAGGGCAUUGUUUUUUUUGAUCAAAGAAAACUUACCUAGUUAUAUCAAAAUAUUAA